AACGUAAACACUAAACACAACGCGACGCGACAGAACUGCGGAUCGUAGUCAACAACACCAACACCACCUCGAUCACGUCUACCCGGAAAACAACGAAUUAUUGUACUAUUAUUGUAGUCAAGUUGUUUGUUGUUGUUAUUGCGUUGUUGCAGCUCCGUCGAGUGUCGACCAUUUGCAUUUACGUCCGGGUCCCCUACACGCGUCGCACCAUCGUCCGUCACUCCGAUUCCACCAGCAGUAUCGACACUGAUCGCAGCAUAUUGCCGCGCUCGAACACUGUUCGAUAAUCUUCACUUUCACUGUUCAUUCGGCAACCGUGUUAGAGACACGAAAAUCGUACACUUCUUUAGUCCAUCCGUAAUCGUUACUGCUGAACAUACAAUUUUUUGUUUUUCGUCGCCAUGGAAGACGAGUCUAAACUUAAAGCCGGACAUGCCCAAGCAGUAAAAGCCGGUGGCAUGCGCAUCGUGCAGCACAAGAACGUCAACUCAAACGCCGACAAGAAUUCCGCCGCCGAUGAAGCCAACUCGGUUUUGAAAGUCUCGACUAGUCCGCCCAAGCAGUCAGUGGUUCCGGUGCAUGCUCGUAACGAUUAUCCAACUCAGGCCGUUCAGAAGACUCAUGACAAACCGAUGCCCAGCCAUGAGAUGAAACAUAACACGUGCCCGAAGGCGACCAUCCAUCAGCCGCGCAAAUGAACGCGAUCGCCACAGCGUUGAUGCACACACAAGACUGGGCUCAGGGGAUAACGUCGUUUGACGCAUUCCCAAAUUUUUCUUAUUCUUUAUUAAAUAAUAUUAAAACUCUAUGCACAUUCAAAACUAAAACUAUUUUUAGCUAUAAGGCUUAAGUUUUUGCAUUUAUGUAAUGUUAUAAUUAUAAUUUUUAAUUGUCUUCUUCUAUACCUACAUGACAUUUCUCGUCUUGUUCAUUCCGUUACAGUAUAUAUUAUUAUAUAUCUAUUUUUGUAUAUGUAUAACUUCUUGUAUUUUCGGAAUGGGUAACAGAUAACGAUUACGUUUCAAAUAAUCAAAUCCAGAUUAAUUGGUCUAUUUUAUUUUUAUUACCUAUGAAUAAAGUAUUUUUAUUUUUUUUUUGGAAA